AUGGAAUCCGAGCUGUCGUUGCCUCGAUCAGUGCAUUUGCAAACUACAACUGCGCACAUCAAGGAUGCGCCUAAAGUGUCUGCGCACAUUAUGCCAUUUUCAAUCAACUAUAAUGGUUCAGCACCUGUACACACCUACUUUGUUCUACAUCCAGCUCAGGAUUCUGGUGCACACGUAACAGCAGAUCCGUGCAAGACGUUUAACGACGAGACUUGUACGGCAGCAAUAUCAUCAUUUCGAGGUCGACAUAUUCAUGGUGUGCGCCAAAAACUUCCGUUUGGGUAUGAAUUGGGAUUCUUUCGCAUGUCUCGAGAAGUGAUGAAGUCGCCUUCAAAUCCGUCUCAGCGAUCGAACAUGACCGGUCUCUUGUCACAGCGUAUGCCAAAAGUACCAAAAAAGUUUUCAUUAGAUGAUGACGACGACGACAACUUCGCAGAUGAUGAUUGCACUGGUGAUCAUUAUCAAACAUUACUACCAUCAGAAUCAUUAUUCUCGGAAAAUGUUGACGAUGAGGAUUCUGAGCCCGCCUCUAUCCAUUCUUUGAAUCCAGUAUACCACGCAGGUACUUCAUUUUGGAUCUGGGGACCGGAUGGACCAUUGGAUCAGGGAGGUGAUCCUUACAUGCGCACAUGGAACGAAUGGAUUCAAGUAGUCUCACCCGCUAUACACGAUAUUUAA